UUUUUAGUAGAGAUGGAGUUAGUGAUCCACCCCCCUCAGGCUCCCAAAGUGCUAGGAUUACAGGCAUGAGCCACCGCGCCCGGUUGUACUAGGGUUUUCUAUUGAGUUUCUUGCCAAGGGUGACUUCCAGUAAUAACUCCCCCGCACUUUCCUCAGGACUGGAAAGCUCAGGCAGCCCAGGGUGAAUAAAAGCCUGAGUAGUGCCAUCACCACAGAGGGGCAGGGUGGCCACAAGGUAGGCAGCAGCAGGGAUGGGCAUUGUGAGGCAUUGUGUGGGGCUGUGGGGCUGGACAUUGUGAGUCACUAGCCUGACCUGGCUGUUUCCUGGUAAGCAGGUGACAUAGGAAGCUUUGUGGUUAUAGGCAUCAGCCAGGGCCAGCAACCCUCAGUCGGUAGCUGGUAGUGGAAGGAGGAGGAGCUCCGACUGUGCUGUCUCACGGCAGUUUUUGUGCCUCUCAGCGCUUGUCGUGUUCGUUUAUUUUUCAAAGAAGACAGCAGGUCCCCGACCUCAUAGACCAGCCAGUUUGGGAGGUGGCAGCGGAGUAAGGGCUGAGGCCCCAGAUCUGCCUGGGGUCAGGCUGCUUCUACAAGUGCUGUGCCAGCCUCAGUAGUGUGGCUGCUCGGGCAGCACCGUUUCAGUUUCAUCGAAGGCUCAGGCAGGAGUGGAGAGGAGUGUGGGUGCCCCAUGGAGUGUAUACUGACCUGUUGUAUCAACUCCAGCUGUAGCUGGUGCAGGGGGAAGGUGGCACCCUGUUAUGAAUCUGUUAUUUAUGAGGCUGUGGCUGCUGCAACAUCAGAAUCCACUAGUGUAGAGCCUGGCAAGCUGGAUGUGGGAGCCACGGAGGGCCAUGAACUGCAGCACAUCGGCAACCAAAAGAUGCCCACAGGCCCCACUGAGGACUGCCUGAGUUUAAAAUCUCUACCACCAAGUGAGGAAGACAAUGAUGAUGCCCACAUUUUACCAUCACCUGUCCUGGCUUCUUCUAUGGACAACCUGAGUUUAGUAUGCCUACCACCAAGUGAAGAUGAUGACUGGGGUGAUGAUGAUGAUGGUGAUGAUGAUGUCCAGAUAAGAGCUUGGAAAGGAAACGACUUGACGCUGGAGAGCAUAAGUGAUGAGGAGACUCAUCCAGGACUGGGCAGAGGACCUGAAGACAUGAGGUUGAUGCACAGGUCAAAGAGAAGAUUCUCACCAUCGCUGAUGCACACAAAAGUGACAUGCUGAAGCACAUACCUGUGGACCACCCAGACUGCCUGCUGCUACAGGAUGCCCUCCGCAUCCCCCAGGACUUCUGUCUGGCAUCAGUGAGGACAUUGAUCCCGCUGGACUGUAGUCACAAUGGACUCCCAAGGGGCAGGUGAGCUCAGGGCCCAGCAAGGCCUCACACUCAGGUUGAGGAGCCCAGGGUGGACCAGAUCCUCCGAUGAUACAGGCAUCACUCUGUGCCCCUUGUCUCUGCAACCCUGAUACCCCAUUCCCAGCCGAGGAGACGUCUUCAGUCCUUGGUCACCCUGAUUUGAUUCCCUGUGGCAUUCUGGGCCCUAGGCUGAGAGCUUUAAGCCCAGUGUCUCAAUAAUCCUCCUAAGAAUCCAGUGAGCCAGGAGAGGACACAGGCCUGGAGAAUCUCUCCAGGUCUGCCACAGAGUCUUUGAGCUGUGUCAGAGCUGGAUUCCUUACCUGGUUCUGGCUGUCUGGAGGUGCCAGACAUUGUCCCCUGCACCAGGGAAGUCGGACUGUGAAUACCUCAUUCUUGAAUGCAGACAUCUGCCUCUGGCCAGUGUGAUGCCAUCAGGGUGACCUGGGUGGCUAAGGGAGCAGGACAUCUCAGCCACUUUAGAUCAGCCUUCAUGAGCAAGAGCCAGGAAGGGAGCCCCACAGAGGGAAAGGCUGGUACUAGAGGUGGCCGAGGCCAUCCAGGUUGCUGGAACAUUCCACAUGGGCUCCUGGAUGUCGAACAGCAGUUUCCCUAGGGACCCUUCUUGGUGCAAGGGUGGGGGUUAGCCCAGUGAGGGGAAGCAACACUCAGCAUUAGAGGCACAAUUCACCCCUGUGGGUCGGCAGCCUGGCCCAGAUCAAAGGCUGCAUGACUGAUAGAGGUUGUUAAGUGUCCCUUAGGAGUGAAGACUGCCUGGGUUCAUGCUCAUUUGUUACAUUUGCGAGCGUGGGGCAGGUCUGGAGAGUGUCUGAUGGUGCAUAAGGAGCUGUUUCUGUGCAGUUGUUGGUUCUGGUUUGCAAAACCAUGGAAUGUCAGUAGUUUGUUUUGGUCUGGGGAUAUCUGAAAAAUCUCUGGAAGACUUCGAGUAGCAUCGGUUGUAGGUCAUCUUAACUGUACAUUUUCAAUACACACACCUACAUAUUGCAGUAUACGUAGGUCCCACAGUGUGUCAUGGAGACACGAAAGACUGGGACAGAUGGUCACUGGCCCAUGGGAGUCCCCCUGACUCUGAGGGUGGCUGAGGGGAAACUCUGGAAAUCCUCAUGGAGUAGAAACCAUCCAGAGCCCAGGUGAGCGGCAUCUGUAGACCCCAGGACACUUCAGCAUCCCAGCAAAAGGCAGCCUGGGGUCUCCCAUUCCCUGGGUGUAUUUUUUUUUAAUGUAUCUAUCAUAUAUGAAUUUGGGUUUGGUAUUUGGCUCCCUCAUUGUGUCUGUUCUGUAUUUUUGUGUUAAUACGAAUACCAUAUUGUUUGGAUCACUAUA